AGACCCCCAUGGGAGCCCAUGGGAGGGUGGUGGGACCCCGCGGAGGGGCAAAGGGACCUCAGAGAGGCUUUGGGACCCCUGAGAGGCGUCAGGGAUCCUGUGGGGGGAUGUGGGGACUCCAUAGGGAGGGCACAGAGCCCAUGGAGGGGGUGAGGCACCCACAGAGGGGUUUCAGGGGCACCCACAGAGGGGCGUCAGGGACCCCCGCGGUGCUUUUGGGGACCCCAUGGGAGGAUGCUGGGGGUGUUUUAUGGACCUGAUGGAGGAUUUAGGCACCCUGGGGAGGGUGGGAGUGAGUCAGAAGGGGAUGCCGUGACCCCACGGGGACAGGGGGCUCCUGGCUGUGCCCCAGUUCGGGUCCAUGGCAGAGCAGCACUGGGCGCUGGAGCCGGGCUGGCUCCUGUCCCCCGCCGGCCGCCCCUACCUGGACUCCAUCGUGCACAAGAACCAGCGGAGAGCAUUCGGUCUGCUGGAGCGCCCCGCGCUGCCACCCGCGCUGGCUGUCCCCACGGUCACCUACAAACUCUUCCUGGCGGGCAGGAGCGGCGUCGGCAAGACAGCGCUGGUGGCCUGGCUGGGGGGGACCCCCGCGCCCCCCGCCCACCACGAGACCCUGGGUAUCGAGGUCACCACGCUGUUCUGGCCGGCCAAGCCCUGCUGCAGCGGCCGCCCGGUUCUGUUCCAGCUGCACCUCUGGGACUGCGGGGACGGAGCGCUGCGGAAGUUCGAGCACCUGCUGCCCGCCUGUAAGGAGGAGGCGGAUGCCGCCCUGUUCCUGUUCUCCUUCACGGACCGUGUGUCCUUCGAGGAGCUGCCAGCGCUGAUGGGCCGUGUGCUGGACCCCGGGGACCCCCACCUCGUCAGGGUGGUCGUGGGCACCAAAUUCGACUUGGUGGCACACACGGCGGUGACAGAGGAGGACGUGAGGACCUUCGAGGGGUCGCAGGGGCUGCGGGUGCUGCGGGCCGGGGGCACCGCGGGGACCAGCGGGGCUCGGGCGGGGCUGGCCCGGGUCGCCCCUGUCCUGGACGCUCUGGUCGAGCAGCUCUGGCGGCGCGACCAAGUGACAGCCGGUGUCACCCCGGGGGACACGGGGGACACCCCCACAUGAACCCCCUCUUGUGGGGGGGUUGUGGGCGUGGGAGGGAUAAAGGUGUUUUUUUGUUAAAAUCACUGGUUUUCUAUGAAAAA